CACUUUGCCGCCUGUUAGGGCUUCGGUGAACGGCUCUCUUCUUCGACCGCUUCUCCUCUCUUACACUUGCAGCAUUUCUCCACUUCGCAGCAGCUCGCCUGUCGCUUAUCUUGAAGCAGGCCUCCAGCUCAAGGCGACCGAAAACGUAGGUCGUCAUUAGGCAUGGGAUGAUGGCUUAUGCACUUGUUUCAUCAAUGGAAGCAGGAGUUACUAGAAGAGGAAGACACCCAUGAAGUUUCUGGAUCAGUUACCAUAUCUCUCAUAUCAAUUAAUGGGAAUGUUUUUUCCCUGAAUUACUUUUCACAUUCAUCAAACAUAAGAAAAUUUUUCAGCAAUAUUGUUUCCAGCUCAACAAACGCAGGGUCAACUUCUGGGACUGGAAGCAUAAUUCCUGCAAAACCAAGCCUGCGAUAAGGUCUCUGGAAUCCUGAUUCCGGAAACUGUAUUCUGGGUCAUCAAACACCCCUUGAGUGAAGGCUUUGAGAUGGGCAGUUGGGGUCGGGCCAUGGAAUGGCUGGCUGCAGAUGUUUGAUAAGAAGUUGCAAAGUUGGAAGCCCAAAGGAUAGGAGAGAAACGUCCCGCCACUGUUGCUCCUGAAAUCCUUGUCACUGGGUGUAUCUCCAACAAUGGCAAAGAGAGAAAACUUGCAAAACUCAAAUAACAAGCCCAGAAAGAAGAAAAGGACAAAGCACAAAAAAGUUCCUGAAAAUGGGUUUUGCUUGCAAGACUCCUUGGCUUCAUGGAACCAUGGAGUUCAGCCAUUGGGGAACCUCCUUCUCGCUCAAUCCUCCUUCAACUCAAGGGACAUAGGCCUCGGUAAUCUCUGUGUGCUAACUGAUGAGUCCAUUCUUGAUAUUUUGGGGCUUCUGGGUGCUAAAGAUUUGUGCAUGCUGAGUCUUGUAAGUAGAGCCUUCUAUGUGUUCUCUAACCAUGACCCACUUUGGAGAAACCUUGUUCUUGAAGAAUUCAAGGGUAGGUUCUCCUUUACAGCCUCAUGGAAACAUACUUAUGUUUCAACAGUUUCAUCCUCAUGUUCACUUGCCCAACUUGGAAGGGGCUUACAGGUUAGAAGCUUUUAUUCUGAUUAUCUAUUUCAAAGUUGGUUGUGUGCUAAUAUUGAGUUGAAACAAGAAUGGCUAGAGGUGGAUAACAUAGAGAGAAGGAAUGAUCUCUCCAUUGAAGACUUCAUCCUUCAAUUUGAAAAGCCGAACAAGCCUGUAUUACUUUGUGGUUGUUUGAGCAAUUGGGCUGCUUUGAAGAAAUGGGAUAGGGACUACUUGAUGGAGAAAGCCAAGGAUGUAGAUUUUUCUGUAGGUCCUGUUGAUAUGAGUCUACAGAGUUACUAUAAAUAUGCUGAUUCUGUGAAUGAGGAGAGGCCACUGUAUCUUUUUGAUCCGAGGUUUGUUGAAAAGGUCCCCAGUCUUUCUGAAGACUAUGAAGUUCCUGUGUAUUUUAGGGAAGAUUUAUUUUCAUUGUUGGGGGAUGAGAGACCAGACUUUCGGUGGCUUAUAAUUGGGCCUGCUCGUUCGGGUUCCUCAUUUCAUAUUGAUCCCAAUUCCACAUCAGCAUGGAAUGCUGUAGUUCGGGGAUCCAAGAAAUGGAUUUUGUUUCCUCCUGACAUUGUCCCGCCUGGGGUGCAUCCAAGUGAUGAUGGUGUUGAGGUAGCAUGCCCUGUUUCAAUACUUGAAUGGUUCAUGAACUUCUAUGAGCAGACCAAACAAUGGAAGAGAAGACCCAUUGAAUGUAUAUGUAAGGCUGGAGAAGUCAUGUUUGUGCCCAAUGGGUGGUGGCAUCUAGUGAUCAAUCUUGAAGACUCCAUUGCUAUUACCCAAAACUAUGUCAGCCGAGUUUUCCUCUUCAUGCUGCAGAGUGGAAGUUAUGCAUGAGAAGUACUUAAGCAAUUGCAAAAUUAGUGGAUAUUCAUGAAAACCUGGGCCAUUUGAAAAUGUAAUAGUGUAUCUGAUGUAGAUAAGGGUCCCAACUGAUCGUUUUUAGUUAUCCUUUUCAUUUGGGCUAACCAACUUUAUAUUUACAUAUCUCCCAAGGCAUUAGUCUAUAACUAUUUUCCAUCUCAUCAAUAUUGUCUUGAUGAAACCUUAUUCUUUUUCUUGUUUCAAGCUUUAUGGCUUGACAAGGAAAUAUAAUUAUUGGCCUUGAUAGCAUCUAAAGGAGGAAGGUGUGUUGGAAGAUAGUGGAAGAAUGACAUAGAUGUUAAUAUUUGUUAUAACUGACAUAAGUGAACUCUUAGUAUGGUCUUAUAUUGGUUGAUCCUGCCAUUUUUUGUAGGAUUAUGGAAGAGAAAAAAGUAAGCACGAUUGGUAUAUUUGCUUGUGAGUAUAGAUACUUGGGCAACUCUAGCACAAACAAAAUUUCCUUCGUUUGAUUAACCUUGCUAAUCAGCAUGAAAAUUCACAAUGAGAACACACGUUUGGUAACAGAAACAUGAUAAACUAACUGCAACAAUUCUAGGGAGAAUGCCACAUUUAAUUUAACCCGUUAACAUUUUAGCAUCAACAGAAGGGAUCACGAGUCACGGAGAGUGCAUGCAAUAUGUCAAAAAACACUUAUAGUUGCUGUUAAAUGCAAGGAGGCUAUGUCUGAAGUAUCCUAAUUAUUUAGAUCCUUAGUUCCAAAUUUUGCCAGGUUACCAUUGUCCGAGUGCAUGUGUUUCCUCCUUCCCUGCAAUAGUAAGGUUGUAUUGAAUACUUUGAUGACAUUUCUGGGCUCUAUAUGAUUCAUUCCUU